GGCAAGGCUGAGGAUAUUGCCGUCGUUACGUGCUCCGGUACUUGGUGCUACCACCCAGAAGCCCUUUUCGACCGUAACCCCGCCGUCUCACCUUCUUGAUCUGGCCAAGGGCGGGUAUGGUGAGAAGCUCGGAGGGGUGGCAGGUUGAUAGGUGUUGAGGGGAUGGCGGCCAAAUCUAGUGGACGGGAAUCGUAGGAUACGAUUAUAGUUAGGGGGUUAAGAUUCUCGAUUAAAAAGCGGCUACAUCAAGCCGCAUGCCAUUGCCAGUUAUUGAAGGAAGGGAGCACUACAAAUUGUCGUCCGCACCGUCCGCAUCACAGCACGCCCUGUACUUACCUCCACACACUUUGCGACUUACGCCAACACAUGACACACGCAGGCAAGAUGACGGCGGAACAGGAUGCGCAAGCGCAAGCCCAUGACCCGUUUGCAUUUUCCAUCCAGCUGAAUACCGAGGAGGAAGACCGUGGUUUUCGCCGAGAGAAUGAUGGGGACGAGAUCCAACGGCCUGACGUGGUUGACGACUGCUGCCAGGGACUCCUGCUGAUGUCGCGCAUCGACCGCAUCGUCCAUGGCAGGGAAGUGAAAGACGGGAGUCUCGCCACCCUGGUGGUUUUUGGCUUCCGCUUUCACGGCAUCGACGAGAACAGACGGUUCAAACAAGCAGUGAUCAACGUGACAUUCCAGGACGAGCAGAAGCGUGAACGGGCCGACCCCGAAGUCAUUGCCCUCUGGCCAAACGGCGACUUCACUCUGGGAGAGCCGACUGAGCUCCAGGUCGAAGAGACGGACGGUGGUGAAGCCGGAGGUGAGGUUCAGGGCGGCGUGGCCGCGGCGACGGGAGGUGGCCACAUCGUGCGGAAGUGGGAGCGGAAGCUCAGCUACAAAAAGGCGGAGAGGGCCAGGUUAACUGGAUCAAUCGUUCUGGAUACCGACAUUCGAAGAUUCGGCCGGAACAAUGGCUUUCGCCUCACCCUUACCGAAGACACGAAAGCUGCCACGGGGCUGGUCACCGACCUCAGGGCAGCGGUGUUGCUCCGCCGCGCCAACGACACGGACAGAUUCACGGCGACUGUCAAGAUCACAGCCAAGGCUCACUUUGCCUACAAUGUAAUUCGGGGUAUUAGGGACAUCAGCGGCUUGUCCCCUCGAAAUGAUCCGGUCAUCUUCAAACCAGGCGUGCAGUACUUGCGACCCGCGUCACUGGGAGACUUUCUGGAGGAGAAGCUGCAGGCAAAUAUUGACGAGGACAAUCUCAACUCCGGUGGGCUUGGCGGAUAUGCCGGAGUCCUGGGCAGCACUGUCCUUGCAACGUCAGGCUGACAUUGGCUGUUUGGUGUGGCAGGAGAGGGGUUUGCCGGGAUGGAGGGUUGUGUCUCGGGUUGUGUCUCACCACGGAGUGCAACUGGGGGGUGGCUCGGGUAAUGGUUGGGUUAUUGAAUUCUCGCUCGAAUUUCCAUGCUCCUGUCCGUUUCUGGAACCUACUUCGUACCCUUUUCAA